CAGCUUGCAUGACUUGAGCUCUCACUAGCGCUGCUAGUGGACAAUCAAACCUACACACCCACCUCCAGACAGACUCGCAUUUCUCAUUUCUUACUUCUAGUCUAAAAUAGAUAGCAGGACGUAUUGUCGGAGCUCACAGAUCGCAGAGAUUUAGUUUGCAGCAUUAGCGUUAGUUUCAUAGUGAAUCUUAAAAAAAAAGAGGAGAGAGAGAGAAAAAAAAAUCAACAUGGAGUCCCCUCCAGAUCCAGCGAGCGACCCGGGCAACAGCGCCUCGGAGCCGGCUACCCCGGUCAGGGAAACCCCGGUAAACCUGGAGACGCUCCGGAAAGCGGACCAUCCAGCCCCGGUUCGAAAGCAGACCUGCUCAAGCACCAACAGAGGUAUCUCAGUAACAAAGAAGACACACACCUCUCAAAUCGAAAUAAUUCCCUGCAAGAUCUGUGGAGACAAAUCAUCAGGCAUCCAUUACGGCGUGAUAACAUGUGAAGGCUGUAAGGGCUUCUUCAGGAGGAGUCAGCAGAGCAAUGCAGCGUACUCCUGCCCCCGUCAGAAAAACUGCUUGAUCGACCGCACCAGCCGCAACCGCUGCCAGCACUGCAGGCUGCAGAAGUGCCUGGCAGUGGGAAUGUCACGAGAUGCGGUGAAGUUUGGCCGCAUGUCAAAGAAGCAGCGAGACAGCCUGUACGCUGAGGUCCAGAAGCACCGGCUGCAGCAGCAGCAGAGAGACCACCAACAGCAGCCCGGGGAGGCAGAGCCGCUCACACCUAGCUAUGGUCUCUCAGCCAACGGCCUAACGGAGCUACACGACGACCUCAGCGGCUACAUGGACGGCCACACUCCUGAUGGCAGCAAGCCCGACUCGGCGGUCAGCAGCUUCUACCUGGACAUCCAGCCGUCCCCCGAUCAGUCGGGCUUGGACAUCAACGGCAUCAAGCCGGAGCCCAUCUGCGACUUUGCCCCCGGCUCUGGCUUCUUUCCAUACUGCUCCUUCACCAACGGCGAGACCUCCCCCACCGUUUCCAUGGCUGAACUAGAGCACCUGGCCCAGAACAUCUCAAAGUCGCACAUGGAGACAUGUCAGUACCUAAGAGAGGAGCUGCAGCAGAUGACCUGGCAGGCUUUCCUUCAGGAGGAGGUGGAGAGCUACCAGAGCAAGCCCCGGGAAGUCAUGUGGCAGCUGUGUGCUAUCAAAAUAACAGAGGCCAUUCAGUAUGUGGUGGAGUUCGCCAAGCGCAUCGACGGCUUUAUGGAGCUGUGUCAGAACGAUCAGAUAGUGCUGCUGAAAGCAGGCUCUCUGGAAGUUGUGUUUGUCAGAAUGUGCCGUGCCUUUGACUCACAAAACAACACAGUCUAUUUCGAUGGAAAAUACGCCGGACCUGAUGUGUUCAAGUCAUUAGGCUGUGACGACUUGAUCAGCUCCGUCUUCGAGUUUGGGAAAAACUUGUGUUCUAUGCACCUGUCUGAGGAUGAGAUCGCCCUGUUCUCUGCCUUUGUGUUGAUGUCUGCUGAUCGAUCCUGGCUUCAGGAGAAGGUGAAAGUGGAGAAACUUCAGCAGAAGAUCCAAUUGGCCCUUCAACAUGUUCUGCAAAAGAACCACAGAGAGGAUGGUAUUCUUACAAAGUUGAUAUGCAAAGUGUCGACACUGCGAGCGCUGUGCAGUAGGCAUACAGAGAAGCUCACGGCUUUCAAAGCAAUAUACCCAGACAUUGUGCGUGCCCACUUCCCCCCCUUAUAUAAGGAGCUGUUCGGAUCAGACUUUGAGCAGUCCAUGCCUGUCGAUGGGUAACAGGCCCACCCCCCCCCCUCCUCCAGGUGCCGGUGUGCCCUCCGUUUGGGGGGGGAGGGGAGGUGUGGGCGACGUGGAGGAGGAAUCUGAGACACUUUACUGGUGCCCUGCACAAGACCGGAGCGGACAGAUGGCACGUUGUUCAACUUUUUUUUUCCUGUUUUUUUUUUUUUUUUUGCAGUGGAGGCGGGGAGGGCAUUGGGUAGCUGAUUGUCAAGGUUUACUGUGUUGAAUUUAAGUCUCAAAGGAAGACUCAACAGAACCCCAGCAGGACAUGAAGAGGAGGGAGGAACAAAUAAUUUCUGUCUGGCUGAACUUGGCCCUCUUAUGCACUUUUUUUUGAAGAAGAAAAACAACAUUUCACCGGUGUUCUUUGCUUUUCCCAUGAUUUGGGGGUGAAAAAAAAAAAGUAUAAGCAACACUUAAAAGACGACCGCAUCAGUAUUAUCUUCCAAGUUUGCACUCCUUAAACAAUUUUUAGUAUUCUCACAAUUUAACCUUUUUCAUCUUUAAAAUACACAAUCCCCCAGGCCUAAUUAAUUCACCUAAGCAACGUGCACACUUUGGUCAAGUUCAGCCAUUUUAUCUCUUUUUUUUUUUUUUUUUUUUUUUGGUUUGUUUUUGUUUUGGAAGCAGCGCUCAAAAUGAAAACUCACAGCAACUUUCUGGGAGGUUCCCUCGGCACGGUGAUGCAAUCGGCGCCUCUUUAAGGACAAUCGUUUAAAAGGAGAAAAAAAAAACUAGAAUUCUGGUAAUUCUUAUGAAAACGCAAUGAUUUUAGCUGUCAAGGACUCCAUCCACCAUUGUUGCAUAGUGAAAAUCAUGUAAGGCCAUCUGCUAUUAAUCCUUCUCUGGACAGGUGCCCCGAAGAAGCCCGGGGCACCGACGCAAUGAAAAGGCUCCAUUCCACCUGUUUUAUAAUGUACUACAGGGUAUAUGGUCAUAAGUACUUACAAUACAGAAAAAAAAUAAUUGUUUAUAGAAUCUAUUUUAAAUAACAUGUAUGAUAUUAGUAGUUAGACCAUUCUUAAUUGUUGAAUUGAUAAGGCACUUUUAUUUACACCUUUGUUUAAUUUAAGACUUGUAUAUUUACCUAGUGAUGUGUUGCAUGUGCACAAGAAGUACAAGCUGAAUCAUGGUCACAGAGAUUAUUCUGGGGAGCUAUGGAUGGUAUUGGCCCGGAAGUGUUCUGGGGGUGGGGUUCUGGUAGGACGGCCCAAUGCGGCUGCUGGACGGCGAUCAAUGAGGCGUGGAUUAGAAGGCAAUCUAAAGACACUCUUUUUUUCUUUUCCUGCAACAACUUCAAGUGUACGGCACAAUUAAUGUGAGAAUGCACCCUUCAAAUCAGGAUUCUCAGCAUCCCUUAUGGCCUCCGUUUGGAUGCUGUUAAAUUAUAAAACCUUUUUUGAAGUCGGGAUGUUUGCAGAUCACUAUAUCAUAAGCAUUUAUAAGCGUUUGAUUUAAAUUCUAGUUUGACUGACUGUGUAGAUCAUGUUUAACAGGGUACAACCAAGCACAAUAAAAUACACAUUUCUUGCCAUGUGGUCAAAGUGGAGAAAACGCACUGAGAUUGUAAUCCAACUGUUCCACCUAGUGGAAGACAGAAAUAAAACGAGGAAGCGUCGCAGAGGUGAGCUUACUACCCUAAAAGCACGCCUACGGUGUGUUGCAAAAUAAAUCCUACUGUUUGAACUUACUUUAUAAGACAUUUUAUCAUGUAAUAACCUUCUAGUGCAAUACUGGAUGCAUUUUAUUGGGGUUUUAUGUGAUGGGCCAACAUAAAUGGCAAAUAAUUUUGAAGGGGGAUGGAAAUUCUUAUUUUUUUCUUUCUUUUUUUUUUUACACCAAAGUGUGCUGUCUAUUUCUAUUUCAAAAGCAUGCCCAUGGCAUGGAUCUGCCACCACCUUGUUGGUAGGGUGUGCUCAGGGUCUCAUCUGACCAGAGGAAGCUUCUUGUCGUUGGAUAAGAAGUUUUAUCGUUUUCUUUUUGAAUCCGAAGUCAAAUUCAAUGUUUGCACCCACAAACUUAACAAUUAAACUUUAUUCUGAUUCUGAUAACGGCAGCUUUUAUCCAUGCACACCUCCAAAACUUUAUCCCUGACCUGCCUUCAUGACCCUGUUUGUUCACUAACAUUUUCUAAGAAACCAUCUGUCCUUUACAAUAGAUCAGGGGGAGUUUAUUUAGUAAUGAAGUGAUGAGGACUUGGUUGCAAUGGAUUUUUAUUUCAGGGUACUUGAGUGAAGAAAUCUGAUACAAAAGCAGGCUGCACUUUUUAUAAUUUUCUAAAAAAAAAAAAUUGAAGUCUUAUUCUUUCUGCAGUAUUAUGCGUUGCUUUUUGUUGGUCCGCCACAUAAAAUCCCAUCAAAGCACACUGAAGUUUUUUAGUUGUAACGUGACAAAAAUCUAUAAAGAAGUUCAAGGGUUAUAAAAAAUGUUUUGCAUAGCACUGUACGAACCUCGGUCAAAAGGUGUGUUUUUUCUUUUCUUCUUUUUCAAUAAGAGUGACUUUUUGCCUUCUUACCAUAGCCUCAGCCCAGCAGCGCCUUAACGGAACACCGAAAGAAAAAAAAAAAACAGCGAAGGGAAAGUGAAUUUUCAAAGCCUUGUCUGGUAGUAAAGCUUCUAUUUUUGUAACUCGUUUUGGUUUAACAAACCCACGAAAGAGGACGAGGGAGAGGAAAAAAGAUGUCAGGUAGCACUUAACUGUAUCCCUGCAAUAACGAAGACUAGCUGUUUGUACGAUUAGAAGGGGGACGUAUUAAAAAACAAAACAAAACAGUAGGACAAGUGCUAGUUUCAGAACGCUUUGUUGUUGUGCUUUUGUUUUUGUUAAGUGUGUCUUUCUUGUCAGUGUGGUGGUAAAAAGUGGUUAAAAAAAAACAAAAAAAAAACGUAGAAAAAAAAAAAAAGAACCCCUGGAUGUGCCAAACUGUAGUCGUUGCUUCCGCUUUCCAGUCUACUUGGUUAAAAUGUAGAAUGGAUUCUGAAGACAUUCCAGCAAUCUCGGUAGCAGCUUCUUGAUAUCCUUAAAGACAAAAAGAAAAGAAAAAAAAAAUAUCCCUUUAGAAAACCCAGCAAAGCGUGUUAAUACAUUCGUCACCGACUGUAAAACAGAAUCGAGUUUUGUUUCGUUAUUUCUCUGUUUGCACUCUUAUCAUUCCUCUGCCGUGCAAUUUGCACAAGACGUUAAUGCCUUGUGCUGUCACCCCUCAGGGAAGAAUUGUUUUGUUGUUGUUGUUGUUUUUAUCCUUCGCCUUUCUGUUCGAGAGGACAUUUGUUUGUAUUCAUCGUGUUUAGUUUAAUUUUGUUUGUUUGUUUGUUUGUUUCAGGGACGUUUCCAUGGGAAUCGGUUAAAAUUAGAAUUUAAAAAUGUAUCGCUGACUUUUCAUUGCCGAUGUACAGUUCAAACCAGAUGUUUAUUUACACUUUGUUAAAAAGAUACCUUUUUUUUUCUCCUUGUCUGACUUUAUGUCAGACUACACUUUUCCUGUUUUAAAUCAUUUAGGAUUAAAGGGCGAAAAAAAUCCGAGACAUCCUCUGCUCUUAAAAAAAAUUAGUUACAAUUCAAGUGUUUUUGCCAUAAUGACCAUUGUUAUAUUUGUCGGAAGAGGGAAGUCCACAAGCCUCCACACUAGCCCAACUGUGAAGUAGGGUAGUGACGGCAUCAUGCUGUGGGGUUGUGUUGCUACAGGAAGGACUAGUGCACUUCACAAAAAUAGGGUGCAUCAUUAGGAAAGAGUAGUAUGCUGAAAUAUGGAAGCAACACCCCAAGACGUCAGCCAAUCACCUUAAACCUGUGGCACAAAUGGGUCCUCCACAUGGACAGUGUCAUUAAGCAUACCACCAAAAUUAGUUACAAAGUGGCUUAAGGUAAAAUAACAAAGUGAAUAUUUUAGGGUUGCCAUCACAAAGUCCUGGUCUCACCACCAUAGAAUAUAUAUAUAUAUAACUUUUUUUAGGCAGAGCCAAAAAGCAAAUCUGCUUACAAACCUGGCUCCAUUUCUGCCAGGGGAGGACUGGACCAAAAAUCAUUGUCCAGCAAGCUAUUGUGAGAAGCUUGUAGAAGAAACAGAAAACGUUUGACCUAGUUUGUAAGGCAAGUCUACCAAACAUUAAGAUGAUAUAUUUAAAUGUCUGACUUUGGAGAGAAUUUUUUUUUAUUUAAUUCUGUUAUUGCGCUAAUAGGAAUACUUUUGGUAAUCCUAACUGAUGUAAAACAGGACAUUUCUAGUCUGAUUUCUUUUCAGACCGUGAGGAGGGGAAAAGGUUUUUUUUUUUUCUUUUUUGUUUUGUUUUAUAGAUUGUAUGUAAAUAUUUGGUUUUAACUGUGUGCAGUUUUUAGCCAAGAAAUGAAAAACAAUAAUCUCAUCACUUUUACAAACUACACUUUUUCAGCACAAAACAUUUUUCCUAUCAGACGAGAAAAAAAAAAUCUUUUUUUUUUUUUUUAUUUCAGAUGGUGUCAUCAGGGUCUUUACAAAGGAUUACCCUCUUUGUUAGAAAAACCAAAAUAUUCUUAUGCAAUACUGAAUUGGUUGUGUUUGGGUUGUAGUGGAUCUGCUGUAGCUGUUCUUAUGGUCCAAUUCUCUUUGGAUAUUAUGCACAAGCCCUCUGUACGACUGGUUAACCUCAGUCUCCGAGCAAAGCAACCCCUGCUGCCCCCAGUCUGGAGCACUGCUAGACAAUCCAGGUUUGUGAAAGAUGUCUGUGGCCCCCGCCCCCCGCCCUGGUGAGAACAGCACAUAGAAAGGAGGCGGUGUGAACGCUCAGGGAGGUGGACAGGGAAUGCCUGACGUGCAGCUCGACGGGCCAAUCUUUUUGACAAGGCACACUGAACUUUGCAGUUCCUGUUAUGGGAUUUUUUUUUUUUUUUUUCAAAGGAGAAUUGUCUGUUUUCCUUUUUAAAAUGGUUUGUUUUCAGCAUGUUUUCUAGUUGCAUAACUACCAACUAUUUUCUCACACAUGAUCAGCUAAGGUCUGCCACUUUCAAAGCACGAAAAGGUGAGCCUGAUGAUUGGCUCUGUGAUGCAUUUUACAAAAAAUAUUACGAGCAAUAUGCCUUGUGUUGCAAUUACGGGUCUCUACAUUGCAGUUAUCAGCCUUUCUUUUUUAAUUAACUAUUCAUCCAGUAUGUUUACACUUUGUACCGAGAAGUAAUAAUAAUCCCUUCAGUUUAUUUUUCCUCUUCACAUGUGCUGGUGUGGUUGCGAUAGAGACAGGAGAACAGAAAACAGUCAUCAAACACACUAGUACUUGGAUACAACUAUAAAAUACACUUAAAACUGUUAUGUCCUUUUCAGUGGCGGUUUUUGAUAUGGGCAGUUGCCCAGGGUAGCAUUUGACAAGGGGGCGCAAAAGCACUAGAUUUAAAAAAUAAUCAUAAUGCAAACGCACUGCAUUUUAUCCCAUCCCAGGAUGUCUGAUAAUUUCCUGUAUUUUAAUUGGAGGCGGCAGGCACCAGAAGGAGCCGCUGGCCCAAGAGUGUCAUGCAUGCAAGAACCGCCACUGGUCUUUUUCACCCUUUUUUAUUUUUAUUUUUAUUAUUUUCCACUUCGUGUGCUAUUCAGUCUGUGUGUAGUAUACAGUAACGAUAUGCUGUUCCUUCUGUCUCUAUGUUGUCUGUUUGUACAAAGCAAUAGUCUCUGUAUGUGUGUGUGUAUAUAUGUGUGUGUGUGUGUGUGUGUUUUGUUCUUAAAGUGUGUGACUAAAAUAAAAAAAAAACCCAGACAAGGCUUUAAUAAUUACAGAGGAACAGGGUUAUGUGGAUGAGGAGAUUUUUGCUUUACUUUUAGAGAAUUUAAAAAAGGAAAAAGGUUUGGAAAUGCUGAGCUAGAUCCAUCCAUAUUAAGUAUUGGUUGUUUUGUGUUUUUUCUUUUUUCUGUUUUUUUCCUCUUCUUUUUAAAGCAUAACGCCUUGAACAAUUCAGUGGUUUGCAAAAACUCUACGGGGGCAACAUAGACAGCAUUGUGACGGCUCCAAAAAAAUGCCUUUCCUGCUCUGUUGGUUGGGCUGGCUCAUACAGGAAUAAAUAAGUUUGUAUCUUAACAAAAUGUCAGAUUUUGGAGCCCUCCUUGACCCCAGAUUGUGAAAGCCGGCAUCGUGUCGUCGUGUUUGGAAGCUGCCAGCAUGUGCUGUAACCCAGAAUUAUGAAUCUGUCAUUGCAUUUUUAAUAAACUCAUUUUCCAAAGCACAUGUAAUAACGAUUUAAGAUUAAAAUUACGUUUAAGGACAAUAGUUUGAAAAGUUAAAAAAAAAAAAAAAAAAAAAAAAAAAAAGGACGCGAUCUUUAGCCAUAAUUGAAUGUCAAGCAAUAAUAUAUGUUGGUGUAUAAUUUCUCAUUCUUUGUGCAUCUGCAUGUAAAUACACCCUCUUAUUUAUCAUGAGUCUUUUUCUUCUUCUUUUUUUCAAUUUCUGUGGACGUCUCAUCUGUAUAUUUGACCAGUUCGGUUCCCAGCCUGUAUUACUGUGUGUGUUCUUUUCCUCAUUCUCUCCCCCAUUCUCAGCAGUUUUUAUUCAUCAUAUUUAAUAUUAUUAUUAUUAUUGUUAUUAUGGAUCACAUGUAUAAAGGUAGCUUUGUAACUUCUGUCUGUAUAGGUAAGAGGAAAAUACUGCUACUAAGGUCUACCCAGUGAAAAUAUUUAUCUGUUUAUCGAUUGCAUCAUAUUGUACGAUGAAGCUGUUUCUACUUUGCUUCCCUCCUUUAGGAUUAGUUUGAUAGAGAUAGGGGUGUGCUGACAUUUAUUUUGUGUUGCCCUAAUGUGUGGUGCUAGAUAAGUUAAUUUUAUGAACCAAGUAUUGAUUCUUAAGCCUGGCCACCCUAUUAGUUAAAUAAUUUCAUCGCCUAUUAAUGUAUUAUUGAUAUUAGGACUCAACAAAUUAUGAUUAUAAUAAAAACGAUAGUGAUAAAAGAGAAAAAAGAAAAAGUACCCGGACAGUACCUGUAUCAGUGUGCUGGGUCUGGGGUAAUGCACUUAUUUCCUUCUGGCUUAUAGCAAAACUAGAAUCUGCUCUUUUAAAGGCUAUUUAAGGUUGCUUUUAUGGAUUUUUGAGGACAAAUUCCUGUUAUUAAAACUGAAACAGCAGUAUUUUUUUUCCCGUUCGUUUUUCUUUUUUUUUUCCUGAUUGUAAGAACAACCACUUGCUGAGGCUGUAGUUCGUCAGGUUUUUUAAGACGUUAACUCUUUCACCUUGUGUGUUUGCAUCAUCCCCUUACUUGAUGUGGUAACAUGGUUCUGAGCCUCUGUAUGUUUCGACAGCCCUGAAACCGUGGUUUUAUUCAGACCAAUGGCGUGUUCUUUUCUUUUUUUAAUUGCACCACAUGAAGUGUUUUUUUGUUUGUUUUUUUUUUUAAAAACAAACAUGAAUGGAUUUCCCAUUUGAUGACAAAAUCGACCUUUUUCCUCUUCUCUGUAGCAAAUAUCACUAAGAAGAUGCUCGCAAUAAUAAGCAAAGUAUCACACUGAGUGCCUCUCGGUGUAACGAAAUGCAUACAUGGUUUUGAUUGUCCUUUUUUUUUUUUUUUUCCAAACGUCUACUGAUGUGACUGAGUAUUUUUCACACGAGAAAAUCUCACCCUCGCUUGCUUAAAAGAAAAUGUUCUCUUGGUUUUUUUUUUUUUUUGUUCAUGUGUCGCUCCGACAUCAGCUGGUGUGUUUGUGUUGGAAGGGGUUUUAAUGUACAGAUGUCAUCCCUCUCACCUCGUUUCAGAAACGGGGGAGUUUGUUUCCACGUUGAUCUCAAAUGAUCAAUAAAAGCUUGCGUAUAAGUUAUUACCCUAAAUGAUCACUUGCACAUUUUUUUUUUUUUGAUGACAAAAAAUAACCUGAUAUUUCUACAUUUUCUGUUUGUGAUGUAUUAUUUUUUAUUUUUUUUGUCACUGCAAACAGAACAUUUGCUAAUACAUUGUAUAUUCUGUAUUCGUACGUGUUUGUAAAACAAGCGUACUGCACAUCUGGUUCUUUUAAUGUCCUGUGUUCAUUGUGCGCUGAGUCUGUUUGGGGUAACUCCACACAUGAAGGUUGGGUGGAGCCCGGGAGGUUGAGGCUUUUAUUUCCCCUUGCAAAGCAGUGAAAGAAAAGAAAAAAA